AUGUCCGAUCCUUCUCAUAAAGAAAAUGAUCCUACUUCCUCUACGAGCAAUGAACUUGUACUUUGGAAAUAUGAUAAUCCUUAUGCAAAUUAUAAACUUGAUCCCGAACGAAUCUUUUUCAAAUACAUUGUAAAUAUUCUUAAAAAUGAUGCAACAUUUCGUGAAAAUAUUUCAAACGCCGCACCAUUUAGCGAGAUACGAUUUUUGGAAUUAGGAUCAGGUUGCGGUCUGGUUGGAUUAUCAGCAUGGAUUUUAGGUGGAUUUGUUGUGUGUACUGAUUUACCUGGAGAAGAAAUUAAACAUACGAAAUUGAAUAUUAAAUCAAAUGUCGAAUUAAUAUUAAAACAACAAGAACGAUUUAAUUCGGAAUCAAAUCUAAAAAAGAAAAAUAAAUUGGAUGUUGGAUUGCGUAGUGAAGAUAUUAAUGUUUUUCCAUUAAAUUGUCAUCUUCCUUGUGACACAAUAGAAGAAAGGAAAGAAAACCGAAGAACUUUGGUAUUAGGAAUUUAUAAAGAUCGUGGAUUAGGUGAAACGGCUUUUUUUGAUAUUGCCAAUAAAUUUGGUAAAAUGAAAGUUAUUUGGAUUGAUAAUAAUUGGAUGAUAAAAGAAUUUAAUGAUUAUUCUCAAGAAUAUAAAAUGUUUUGGCUUAUUCCUUUUGAAUAA